AAUGGCGCCGCCCUGUGGCGUUGUUUUGAGGACAAGGGCGAGCUGCUUCCCUGUCCCCGUCAGCGCUGCGUUCACACGCGAGAGGCAGACAUGGCGAGGUUUCUGAGGCCUCACGUCAGGACGUUCGUCUCCUCACAGCUCAGGAUGUCAUCCGACCAGUUGGGUGAGCUGGGUAAAGGUGCAGGAAAAGGAGGAGGAGGUGGAGGGUCCAUCAGAGAGGCAGGUGGAGCCAUGGGGAAGAAGCAGGCCGCGGAGGAGGAGAUGUACUUCAAGCGUAAAGAGCAGGAGCAGCUGGCUGCGUUGAAGCAGCACCACCAGGAAGAAAUUGACCACCACAAAAAGGAGAUUGAACGUAUGCAGCGCGAGAUCGACCGCCACAAGGGAAAGAUCAGGAAGCUGAAGCACGACGACUGAGUGAGACCUCCCUUAAAGAAAAAAUAAUAAUAAUAAAAAAAAAAGAGUUCCUGUUUUCUCACCGGCGCUGUCAGACACCUUUUAGUAAAUCCUUGGAUUGCUGCAUGCACUGUGUCACAAGGGCAGUCAUGAAUGUUUGGCUGACUGUUCUGUAAAUGCUUGAAAUUUAUUAAAACUGUUCAUGAAAUGAA